CCAGAGCCCCCCGGGCUGUUCACAGCUCAGGCUUCCUGCAGCCACAGGCUCUCCACGCGCCACCGUCCUUGCAGGCGAAUCGGAUCACGUGACCGCGUUUCUGGGGGUUCGCGUUGCCCUAAGGCUGGGGCCUCAGCGAGGGCCUGGAUGGAGGAAGGAGCCUCGCUGGGGACUGUGGGCGCCCCUCCGGGGCGUCUCUGCUUUGCUCCCGAGUCCGUGCAAGGGGCUCUUUCAUCGGUUCUGCGCAGGGAGCCAGGUUCAAGCUCGGAGCCAAGUGAAAGUUGUCGCUGUUGAUGCAGAGCUGAAUGUGUUCUAUGAGGACAGUGUGCAUUUUGACAGAGACCUUCUAGAAUUUGGGACUCAGGGUGGCGUUCACGUUCACGAGGACGGGCUGACCGUGACCUCUCCGGUCCUGAUGUGGGUCCAGGCUUUGGACAUCAUCUUGGAGCGGAUGAAGUCCUCAGGCUUUGACUUCUCUCAGGUCCUCGCCCUGUCCGGGGCCGGCCAGGAGGUGAGGGCGUGUAGCCCGCGAACACGUGCUUGGCUUCUCUCUCACCAGCAACACGGAAGCGUGUACUGGAAGGCAGGGGCCAGCCAGGUGCUGACAAGCCUGUCGCCAGACCUCCCGCUGCAUAAGCAGCUGCAGGCCUGCUUCUCUGUCCGCGACAGCCCAGUGUGGAUGGACGCCAGCACCGCAGCCCAGUGCCGCCGGCUGGAGGCCGCCGUGGGCGGCGCACGGGCUCUCAGCCGCCUCACCGGCUCCCGGGCCUACGAGCGAUUCACGGGAAACCAAAUCGCGAAGAUUUACCAGCAGCACCCCGAGGCCUACUCACGCUCGGAGAGAAUUUCUUUGGUCAGUAGCUUUGCGGCCUCCCUAUUCCUUGGGUCGUACUCCCCUAUCGACUGCAGUGACGGUUCUGGGAUGAACUUGUUGCAGAUCCAGGACAAAGUGUGGUCGCGGGUCUGCCUUGCCGCCUGCGCGCCUCGCCUGGAGGAGAAGCUCGGCUCACCGGUCCAGUCCUGCUCCGUCGUGGGAGCCGUUUGUCCCUACUACGUCCAGCGCUACGGAUUUCCCCCAGGGUGCAAAGUGGUGGCCUUUACUGGGGACAACCCAGCGUCGCUGGCAGGCAUGAGGCUGGAGGAAGGUGACAUUGCGGUCAGCCUGGGCACCAGCGACACCCUGUUCCUCUGGCUCCAGGAGCCCAGGCCCGCCCUGGAAGGGCACAUCUUCUGCAACCCAGUUGACUCCCAGCACUACAUGGCGCUUCUCUGCUUUAAAAAUGGCUCCCUGAUGAGAGAGAAGAUCCGUGAUGAGUCAGCUUCCUGUUCCUGGAGUGAGUUCUCCGAGGCGCUGCGGUCCACGGAGAUGGGGAACGGCGGGAAUCUGGGGUUUUAUUUUGACGUAAUGGAGAUCACCCCUGAAAUUAUUGGGCGCCAUAGGUUUAGUGCAGAAAACCGCAAGGUGCCAGCGUUCCCCAGGGAGGUGGAGGUCCGAGCACUGAUCGAAGGGCAGUUCAUGGCCAAGAGGAUUCAUGCCGAGGGCCUGGGCUACCGAGUCAUGCCCAAGACGAAGAUUUUGGCCACUGGAGGGGCAUCUCACAACAGAGAAAUCUUACAGGUACUUGCGGAUGUGUUUGGCGCCCCGGUGUAUGUCAUCGACACUGCCAGCUCUGCCUGCCUGGGCUCUGCCUACCGAGCUUUCCACGGCCUCACAGCUGGAACGGACGUGCCCUUUUCAGAGGUGGUGAAGUUAGCCCCGCCUCCCAGGUUAGCUGCUGCCCCCACCCCGGGAGCUUCUCAGGUGUACGGGGCCCUCCUCGCGCGCUACGCCAGCCUGGAGCAGCGGGUCCUGUCCGAGCUCCGGGGGGCUCCUGCCAGCCCCGCCUGCGACCGGCCCCUGGGCAGCAGGGACCCCCGUCCGUGUUCUGAGUGACUCGCCUGCCCACCUGACGCCCCGCAGUGCCCCCGUCCUGCCCAGGACCCCCGAGCCCGGGCCGUCAUGUACAGGCACUUAAACCAGCAGAGCAGGGGGGCAGCCAUUCCCCAGCCCCCGACCCCAGCACCCCUUCUCCAGCGCUGACUCUGGCCACCCCUUCCCCGACUGUAACCCACAGCCACUCCCGCCCCGAACCGGGACCCCAGCAUCCAUUCUCCCCCCAACCCUGACUCCCUCCUUUCAGUGUCUGAACGGCCCCCCAGGCCCUUCCUGCCCUGCCCCCGCCAUGCUCACUGCCCCUGCCCCUGCGUCAUCUCUUCCUCCUCCCCACGCCCACCUGCUCAGACUCACUACUUCCCACCCAAAGAGUUGGACAGGCCCGGUGACCACGCUUCGUGUCCCUCCCACAGGCUCUCCCCACGGGCGGCCUGACUCCCGGCACCCACACCCCUCAGAGCACCCCCCCCCCAGCAGUACAGGGCAGCCCCUGCCUCCCUCCACCCUUCCUUCAGGAGAAUUUCUCAAGUCCUGGAUUUUGUUGAUUCUAGUUCUGGGCUGUCAUUGAACAUGUUCUGUGUCUUCUGUAUUUCCUAUAAAUUGGUGGUUGGAUCCAGCACAGA